AUGUCACUGUGUACAGCAAUAGAGGAGGAGGACAACAAUUCUAGUGAGACUGGCAUUCCAUUGGGUGAUGCUUCGACUAGAGGCAGUAAGAUUGAUUCAGAACUUGUAAUGGAUUAUAGUAAUGAAUUUGUUACUCAUGAGAUUUUCAAGAGUCCAGAUGAGUUAAUUCGAUGGGCACGUCAAGUUGGAAGAAAAAAUGGAUUCGUUAUUGUCGUGCAGAAAUCAAAUGGAGGUGGUAUUCGAGGUAGGAAGCCAAGACUUAGCUUAGCUUGUGAGAGGAGUGGAUCUUAUAGGGACACUCGAAAAAACAGCAGGUCUAAGACAAAAAAAGCAAGACUGACUGAAUAUCUUGAGGGUCAUUCUUAUGCUGGAAGGUUGUCACGUGAGGAAACCUCUUUGUUGGUAGACAUGUCGAAGAGUAUGGUACGACCGAGUGAGAUAUUGGUUACAUUGAAACAACGUGAUGAUGCAAAUGCUUCCACAAUGAAGACAAUUUACAAGGCACGUCAGAGGUAUAAAGUUGCUGAGAAAGCUGGGAGAUCUCAAAUGCAACAACUAUUAGGUCAGUUAGCGAUGAACAAGUACAUUGAGUGGCAUAGGAGCUGUGCAGAUACUGAGACAGUGACUGAUUUGUUCUUUGCACAUCCUACUAGUUUGAAUUUGUUACGUGCAUUUCCAAAAGUAUUGUUGAUGGAUUGUACUUAUAAGACCAAUCGAUAUCGGUUGCCCCUUCUGGAGAUUGUAGGUGUGACAUCGACAGACGUGACCUUUUCAAUUGCAUUUGCAUACCUUCAGUAUGAGAAGGAGGAUUACUAUACAUGGGCACUUGGUCUUUUGCGUAGUGUCAUGGAUGAAAAUACUCUUCCUUCUGUUAUUGUCACAGAUAGAGAAUUGACCCUUAUGAAUGCCAUAUGUACGGUGUUUCCUGCAACUACAAAUUUGUUGUGUAGAUGGCAUAUUGGAAAAAAUGUGCUUGCCAAUUGCAAAAAGAUGUUUAAGACCAAGGAUAAAUGGGAAAUGUUUAUAAUGAGUUGGAAUAUGUUGGUUAUGUCAUCGUCUGAAGAAGUAUACAUGCAACGACUGUCUUUGUUAUAUAGUGAGUUCAGUACUUAUCAAGAUGCACUUCAUUAUGUUACCUCAUCUUGGGUUGAGAGUUCACAUGCAAAACUUAAAAGAUAUCUUGGAUCAAGUCAAGGAAAUUUUGAGUCAAAUUGGACAAGGAUACACAAUUUACUUGAGUUGCAACAUAGUGAAAUAAAAUCAUCAUUUGAGAAAAGCAAGUUAAUUGUGCAACAUGAUUUCAAACUUGCACAGUUUAAGGAGCUUCGUGGUAAUGUCUCAAUUACUGCAUUAGAGAUCAUAUUGGCUGAGUCUAAACGAGCAUCUUCUGUUGGUAUUGAUAUUACGGCAUGUGGAUGUGUUGUUCGACAUACUCAUGGUUUUCCAUGUGCACAUGAGAUAGCAAAUUACAUGAGGGAAAAUCGGCCAAUUCCCCUCUCUUCGGUUUGUUCAUAUUGGACUAAGCUUGAUAUGUUGAGUACCCCACACACUGUAAGUGAAGAGUGGACUUGUACACCAGAGUUAGAAUUGUUUGCCAAACAAUUUGAGGAAGUGGAUCCAGAUAUGAAGAGGUUUUUGUUACAAAAAUUGAGGGAGUUAGCCAAACCUGAUUGUACAUUUUUGAUUGAGCCGGAAGUGAAGUCUAAUCCACGGGGUCGGCCAAAAUUGAAGAUUGAGACCUCCACUCGUCAUGAGCCAUCUGCGUUUGAAAUAGUUGCUUCAGCACAAGAUAGUCAUCCACCCGGAGUCAUUGCCAAGGCGAGUGUAACAACAAAAAAGGUGAAAACAAAGAAGAAAGAAAAGGCAUUCCCUUCUGAAUUGAGACGAUAUAUUAAAUACGUUAAGGAUGUUGUAGCAGAUGGCAAUUGUGGGUUUCGAGCUAUUGCUGGUUUGAUGGGUUUUGGAGAAGAAUGA